AUGGCAAUGACCCCAAUCAGGGAAGGGGGAUGCAGAAGGGGCGCAUGCUCGGAGUGGCUCUGGAGCUCUGCCUGUUCCCUCCAGCUGCUCCAAGGCUCUGGCACACAGGCGAGGACUGGGAUCAGGUACUGGGUGAGCUGGUCCGUGGGGUGCGCCCCGAGCCCGUGCGCGGCACGGGAAUAAACACGGAGCGGCAGGGAAGACAGCUUGAAUUAUUGAUGGGAGGAAUGGCGCUGCCGCUGCUCUGGAGUGAGAUGCGUGCGGGAAUCCUGCUCCUCUCGGCGCUCAGCCUGCUCAGCGCCAGCCUCGUGGGGGCUGGCCAGGACUCCGGGAGUGUCAUUCCUGCAGAAAGCCGUCCCUGUGUUGACUGCCACGCGUUCGAGUUCAUGCAGAGGGCGUUGCAGGAUCUGAAGAAGACAGCCUAUAGCCUCGACACGCGGAAACCCUCCUCCUGAGAGCAGAAAAGAGAGGCCUGUGUGAUUGCUUUCGUGCAAUACACUGAAAUGAGCGCUGGGAUUUGGCCAAUGGACAUUUAUUCAUUUUUAAAAUGCUCUUCAGUAAAUUACAGGAAGAUACAGAGUGCAAGUUGUGCCCCACCAUAAGGAAAAGCAUUUUUAUCAUAACAGGUAUUGCUCAGUUAGAUUAUUUUUGCUUUGUUGUGGUUUAUCAUUACUCUAUGUGAUGUUGCAUUUGCUGAAAUGUCAAAAGAAGAAACAGUGCCAAAGUCUUGCUUAUGGGUUUUAUGUAAGGAUAGCAUCGUGCUUUUUUGGUAUUUCAAGCCAAAAAUUGUCCUUGGACUUUCAGGCCAACCUCUUGGCUUAUGUGAAUUGCCAUAGAUCUGUGAAAGUCAGCGAAGUCAAUUUUUAAAAUGCAUUUAUAGAAGAAUAACAUGUAAAGGAAGCUACUUUGCCAUGAUGCAUAGAUAAACAUUUACAAACAAGCAGAUUUGGCAUUAUAUAGAAAUUAAUACUUAUCACUGUCUGCUUGGCAGUCCAAGGGGUUUGUUCCCCAAUUGUAUCAAUAGUCCAGUGCACAGCAAACACAAUAUUCUGUCUCACAAUUUUAAUUUCUUCAGAGCCACACAGUAGCUGUGAUCUUUUUUGGAGAGAUUUAUUAAGUAUCUAAUGUGAUCAGUAACAUUUGUAAUCACAUGAAUACUGCCUGGCAGUUGAACUGAUUGCAUCUGCCAAAAUCUUCUGGAGAAGUGUCUUUCAUUAAGCAAAUCACAUGCUGGAUUGAAGCACUCAAACUGGCCUCUACAGAGAGUUUUGGCAGAGAGCCACACAAUGUCUGCCUGCCCAGGUCUCUUGAAAGUGUACUUUGGGAAAUACUUAAAUUCUACCAAAAUGGUCCUUAGCUCUUGCAUGGACCCUGCACUCCACCAGGGUGGGUUACAGUGCUGGUGUUAUUUGAAUUCCUGCUGCAUUGUGAGACAAGAGAGAACAAAACAAUUUAAGCAGUGUAGUAGUAGUAGUAGACAGUAGUAGAUUGUGCCUUGUUGCUCUUUAAAAGAGAAAAGCAAAUCCUUUCUCAUUGUUUGCAUUUUCCUUUUAUUUUGGGAAGGAGAACAGAAAAUGGCCCCAGUGGAAAAUUCCUGUUGAUAAUAAUGUUUUUCAUUGGACUCAAAACAUCAUCCCCAAAGUAGAGAUUUGUGUAUCAGCUCAAACAUCUAUGUACAGGCUAGAAACUUUUAUACAAACAAGAACAUUGGAGCAGGAUCAACAAAAAAAGUGAUUUUCAAAGUAAUUUUACUAAUUCUUAUUAGUCUGUCUGUCUUUCCAUAAGUGGCUGUGUUUUUGGUAUUUUGCUCUCAGCCUGCUCAGUAAGUUAGGAUGGAAACUAUCUGUAUGUUUCCAAACUGCUUCUCUCCCAUUUUGUCUACAACAUCAAACACAGGGAAAUAGGGAACUUUGACCCACUGCUGACUUAUUAUUUCAUGGGCAGUCAUACUCAGUAACACAAAGGAGUGUGUUGCCAUAUAUUUUGCCAAAGUUGUUUGAAAGACGUGGUUCUCAGCAAGGAAAAGCUUCCUUGCACCUGCAUUUCAAAUAAGGAAUCUGCUUUGUCCUUUGUAGCAUUCCAGCAAACCCCUUUGUAGGUCCUUGGGACCUGUUUUGUGUACAAGAGAAGCAGCAUGACACAGCAGCAGCUCCCUUCUGAUACAUCACACUGCACUGUGGCACCGGUCAAUACAGCCACAGAGCCUUUCCUCAUAAACCAAAUUUUAUUGUACAAAGAAAACAGUAGGAUUAACACAGCUUCCUUGCAAAAUACCAGCCUUUGGCUUCUUCACUCCCACUUAUAUUUGGACCAAAGUAAUGCACAGCUUUUGAGCCAGCUCUUUGCAGGAGAUGGAGUCCCAGCACUGAAGCUGUGAAUUUUCCUGCACAGCUCCCCUUUUCAGGGAGCAGCAUGUCUAUGGUUUGGUAUUGCUAUUGUGCAUGCUUAUUCUGCUGGUACCCUGAAGAAUCUUGCAAAGUCCUGUUACAAGAACUGGGGUAUUUUUGUCAUGUUUUCAUUUAGAAAAAUGGUUGCUCACAGUUGAGUUUUGAUAUACACAGCUUGUUUCAACAGAGAGGUGGAAUGAAUGACAAGUGGAUGUUGUCUGACUCCCAAAGGGAUCGGAGUGACACUGCAACUUUAUGGUUGUAACACAGUGAUUAUUCUGUACUUCUCUUUGUCUGUAAUACAACACAAUAAAAGGGCAAGAUGCAUUAUAGUA